AUGGAAAUGGAAGGGUUCAAAGAUCAUGAUAAUUGCUCUAUUAGCAAAGAACAUUUCCCCAUUAAGAUAUACUUAUGCAAAUAUUGUGGAAGGGAUUUCAUAAACCCACAGGCGUUAGGCGGCCAUCAAAAUGCUCAUAAAAUGGAGAGACGAGAAGCGAGGCUCCAUAAACAAGCAAAGGUUUUAAGCAUGAUGAUGGCCAAUUAUGGCGGUGGCGGCGGUGGGGCGCCAUUGAUGCCUGCUUGCUGCUUUGUUCAGCCACACGGCAUCACUCUGCUGCAAGAUAAUAACAAUGAUGAUGGUGGAGAAGAAGGUUCUUGUAGCUCUUUCAGCAGCAGUAAUAACAACCACCACCACCACCAGCAGCCGCCUUUAAAUAACAAUUACUGGCCGGGAAGUUAUCGCCUCGAAGACGGACCAUACGGUGGUAGUUAUCAUGAUAAUCCUGUGCCGCCGCCUAGGAUCACCUACCAUGAGCAGUACCAUGUUUAUGACGGUGGUGCAGACGAGCGGGUUGAGGAUGGAGGAGGAGGAGUAUCUGCUCAGAGAGGGUUGCAGUUAGAGCUGCCUGACCUCAAUGAGAACUACUAG